CAGCUCAGUGUGACAGCGGCUUGCCUGCAUUUAUUUCAGUCGGAGACGAGAUAGAAAUUAGGAGGAAGGAAUAAAGGCGGAUACCGGUUCCCUCUCUCUCUCAUGCAGUUUUGAAGAAGACGCCCCCCCUCCCUGCACCUGUUCUGCUCCGUCUUGUCUCGCAGGAGUUGAGCCUCUUGCGAGUGAAAGUCGCUUCUCAUUGUUAGAUAGACGUUGUUUUGAGCAUGACUUCGGCGUACAACCUGGAUUUCCACCCUCUGGCCGAAAGUCGGUUAAUGGCUUCGAGCGACUCAAUCAACGGCAACGGCAGCAAUAUGAACGGGUCGCUGGAGCAGUUAGAUCAGCCGGAUCCAGACUCCAUCAAGAUGUUUGUGGGCCAAAUCCCAAGAUCCUGGACAGAAACAGAACUUAAAGAGCUGUUUGAGCCAUUCGGAGCUGUGCACCAGAUCAACAUCCUCCGUGAUCGCACCCAGAAUCCACCUCAAAGCAAAGGAUGCUGUUUUGUAACUUUUUAUACAAGAAAAGCUGCACUGGAGGCCCAGAAUGCACUGCACAACAUAAAGACUUUAAGUGGGAUGCAUCAUCCUGUCCAGAUGAAACCCGCUGACAGUGAGAAAACAAGUGCGGUAGAAGACAGAAAACUCUUCAUCGGGAUGAUUGCAAAGAAAUACGGCGAGAACGAGAUCAGAAUGAUGUUCUCGUCUUUCGGACAGACCGAAGAGUGCCGAAUUCUCCGGGGACCAGAUGGUCAGAGCAGAGGCUGUGCGUUUGUCACAUUUACUACCAGGGCACAGGCACAGAAUGCAAUCAAAACCAUGCAUCACGCUCAGACUAUGGAGGGCUGUUCCUCACCUUUGGUGGUGAAGUUUGCCGACACGCAGAGAGAUAAGGAGCAGCGGCGCCUGCAGCAGCAGUUGGUGCAGCAGAUUCAGCAGCUGAACAGCGCCUCCACUUGGGGAAACAUUGCCGGCCUGGGGACCCUCACACCGCAGUACCUGGCAUUGCUCCAGCAGGCCACGACCCCCACCAACCAAGGCAGUUACAACAAUAUGCAGAGGCUAGGAGCAGCAGGUGUGAACCCCCUCCAGCUGCAGAACUUCGCCACAUUAGCGGCUGCUGCGGCUGCAGCGCAGAGCUCUGGCAGCCCAAAUUCCAGCAACGCUAUGUCUGCAAACAGCGCAGCCCUGGGAGCCCUGGCUAGUCCAGUUGGAUCAUCUGCAUCCAGCGCCGGGGCUGCCAUGAACACUUUGGCCUCUCUGGGCUCCCUGCAGGGUCUCACUGGGACCUCAAUGGGCCUCAACCUCAACGCUCUCACCAACAGCGUCGGCGUGCGUGAUCCGUUCGCUUCUCUCGGUUUGACAGGUAUGGGGGGCAUGAAUGGCCUGGCAGCCUCAAUGGCCAACGGAUCAGCCGCCAGCUCCAUGGACGCUCUGACCCAGGCCUACUCAGGGAUGCAGCAGUACACGGCCGCCCUGCCCUCCCUCUACGGACAGUCCCUCCUGCAGCAGCAGAACAUUGCUGCAGGGGGUCAGAAGGAAGUAGGGCCAGAGGGCGCCAACCUGUUCAUCUACCACCUGCCCCAGGAGUUUGGGGAUCAGGAUCUUCUGCAGAUGUUUGUGCCUUUUGGAAAUGUGGUCUCUGCCAAAGUCUUCGUUGAUAAACAGACCAAUCUGAGCAAGUGCUUUGGGUUCGUCAGCUAUGACAAUCCCGUGUCUGCGCAAGCUGCCAUCCAGGCCAUGAAUGGUUUCCAGAUCGGCAUGAAGAGGCUGAAGGUUCAGCUGAAGCGCUCCAAGAACGACAGCAAACCCUACUGAUCCUCGCCCCGGGGCCCCCCCCUCCCCAGCUCUAUGCUAGCACUGCUAGGGUAAGUUCACCCUCCAGCCAAGGUCACCACAGCAGAGACUCAGUGGGGCAGGGGGAAAGGAGCCCGCCACAGGAGGGAGAAAAAAAAUUGGUUGCAAUGAUCUUUCUACAUUUUACUGUAUUUCAUUCCUGCGGUUUUAUCAUGUAAUUUGAGUCGGAUUUAAUAUUUUAAUGUAUAUGAUUAUUUAUGACUAUCACUGGAGUCGGUGUUCGCUGGAGGUAUUUUUGUGUCACUGUAAUUAGUGGAGAGCAUCAGGUGUGUUUCCAUGCCAUGUCAUUGCCUUCAGGUCAAGCUAGAACAGGUUGACUAAGGAUCAGUUGUCGUUGACGCCAGGCCACGCAGACCCCGAGCUUCAACCUGUGUUUGGCUUUUUACAUUUAGUCUGUCUCGUCCGUUUGUCAUCCUUAAUGUUAAAAACUCUUUUGCACUCUAGCCCCGCCCCCCCUCGCCCAUCUUUCCUCUUUCCAUCUGCCACCUUUCCCUCAUUAUCUAAGCCAUGUUGAGCUAGGCUACCUCUCUUUUCUCUAUUAACCUCUUCCAGUCAUUCCAUCCAUCCUCCGUCUGCCUCAGGGCGACGGGCUCUCCAUGGAUCUCUUUGGGUGCCAAGUAUACAGUCUGCAUGUUGGAGUCUCUGCCAUAUGUCGUAGUGGUGUCACUUCCGUACAUCCGUGUAUUGUUUUUGUGUGUCGGGUCUGUGGGGGGGGAGGGAGGGGGGGAAAUGUUUGUCCUUUACUGUACGUGGUGAUUGGCAUUGUUUUUGUUGGUUUUUGUGCCUCAUGGCUAAACAAUUCUUGUGCUGUGGCCCUAACUUUCUCUCCUCUUUGUCCUCUCUCUCUCUCUCUCUCUCUCUCUCUCUCUCUCUCUCUCUUCCUGUCGUGUUUUUGUUCCUUUUUUAGAACAAAUCUCCAUGCCUGUUUGCUCAUCAUUAGCCUAGCAUGUCUUCAUGAUGUUGAAAGCCAAGCCAAACUCCUGGCCUCAUCAUCCCACCAUUGUCUGUGAUGUCUCUCUAAGCUCGCCUGACCAAUACCUGGCCACCCACUGACCCUUGACCUUAGCUCAACCUGAUUUCUCUGCAUGUAUAUUCAUUUUGUUUUUUCUUUCUGUAUAGAAAUGUGACAGGUGGGAGAGAGGUCAAGCAAAUCAAUGUGAAAACGUACCUGCGUUGAAUUCAUUUAAGAUACCUUUUUUUCUUUUUUUUUGCGAACGUUCUUUUGUUUUUGCGAAUGUUUUAAAAACCUGUGGGAUUUCUUAUUUUUAAUUUAGCUUUUUGGUUUCUUUUUACCUCUCUCAGUAAAGUUCACUUGAAAGUUGAAUACAGGGAUUGGCACACAGCUGUGCUAUUUGGUGCCAUUAGCAAUAUGUUGGCUUCUUUAAAAAAUAAUAAAAAAAUUCAAUGCUUCAGACCACUUUCCAACACUUUUGAAAGUCUGGCCAGUAAAACCCCUCUCAGUGCUCUGUGAUCUCUACAUUUUGCGGGCAGUGUGAAGAUUUACACCAAGGCUAUUUCAAAAUAUAUUUUCACUUAAUUUACACAAAUAUCCAGUGUAUUUACCUUUUUUUUGAACUAUGAUGGCACAAUAAAAGGUACAUUUGCUCUGUUUAGAGAAAUGACUACCUACAUGAGUCAACUUUUUUAGAACUGAUUCACAAAUAGACAAUCUGUGGUUUAAAUGCACACUUAGAUUACCUAUAUUUUAUACCAUUGAAUCUAUAGAAGAUUAACUAACAGAACCCAGGCAAAACUUUGGGUUUUUUGUAGAUUAUGUUGUAAUGUCAUCUGUGUCGUGGGGGGGGGGGGGCGGGUCUUCAGUGUAUUACAUUUCUAAAGAGGGUUAAAAAAAUCUGUUUGAUCAGAGGGUCAUUUCUAUUCAAUUAAAAACACUUUAAGUCAAAUUCCUCUGCAUUAAUUGUAAUUUCAACUUCUUGGUAAAAAGUAACUUUUUUUCCUUAAGGGUCACAGUAUGUCGACUAUUUUUUUUUCCUGCGUUAAAGACAUUUAGUGUUCAACUUCCACGGUACGUGUCGUUGGCUUUCUGUGAAUUUGUCAUUAAUAAUUUAAUUAAUGGAUGUUUCACUUUGGUUUAGUUUGGAUGCCUGAAAUAUGAUGAUUUACAAUGUCUGUUAAUCAUACAGAUGCCAGACAAUGUGUGUUUUUGUUUUAAUUUGUUGUUAAAGUGCCCAUGUGUCAAACUUAAGUGUUUAUGAAUUCUCACGUUUUUUUCUUGUGAUAUUACCUAGUUUUCUUUACACACACACACAUGCACACACCGUGACACACACACUUUCUGUGGUUGCAAAUGUGGGAGCCCCUGAAGAAGAGAUCACUUGGACACGACCUGUGGGUCUCUGCACAUUUUAUAGACACACACCUGCUUUUUUUUAAUUUACGUUUUUUGCUAAUUGUUCUUUUAAGUGACUUCUAGUGUCAUGUUUCAGUCGUACACGAUGCACAGCACAUAGAUAUUACUGAAUCCACCACGACUAGUGUUGGUUUACAAGUACAUUCCAUUUUUUCAGCACAAAGUUUACACUUAUUUUUACCGGGUGGUGUUAUGUCUGUUGUACUACACGUUUUUAAGACGACCCUGGUAAAAUAAAAAACCACUUCACCCCCAAAGAAGGGUUCCCUAAAACUGCGUACCUGAUGGCGCUAAAGAGCUGUCAACUCAGGGGCUUUUUUUGUGUGUGAAACUAGACACUCACACAGGAAUACGACACAAAAUGCACAAUUAUCACCAUUUGACCUUUUCAGUUUUGGAUUUUUAUUUUAUUUUCGUUAAUCAAAAUACAUUAAUAUUCCAAAAAAAUAUACAAAGAGGAACCAAAUUUGAAACAGUGCUCGAAGGAAAGUGUUGGGAGUUUUGUAAGGAAGAGUUAAGCACAAUUGUGGGAGCUAAUCACUUUUGCAGAAUGUUGUGUGUGAUUAUGAUCCCCAAAUGUUCAAGGUACCACUGAUUUCACUUUUUAAUAUGGGCAUGUGCUUUUUACAGUGUUUUUUCUAUCCAAAUGCAAUACAAUAUUCAAAGUGCCAUAUAUACGUCUAGAAACUGCCUACACAUCCUUAUCAGGCCUUGGGUUAGAGAUUGCUGCAGUUCGCCUUUUUUGUCUAUUUAUGCUAGUGUCAUGAACGCUCAUGUCACCUGCUCAUGUCCCCCCCCCCCCUCUUUUUCCUCCCCCACUCUGUGUUGAGUCAUUGGUAAAUAUGUAUUGUGAUGUACUCAAUUUGAACAGUUGGUUUAAAAAAAAAAUUGUAGAUAAACAAUAAACUUCCCUAUACAUUUGAAGGUUAAACCUCUUUCUUAGUGAGUGUGAACAUGUGUAACACUUUGCGAUACAAACGAUCGGUAAACCAGAUGUGAGGGUAUUUGUGAAGUCAAUAAAGUUAAAAAGAAAAAAACAAGGUCAAACUUAUUUAAAGAUCUUUUUAAAUGAUCCAAUCGUGUGUCAAACACUGAAAUGAUUGCAGAUCUGUGGUCGGUAUGCAGUGUAUGGUGAAGUGUUACUGUGAAUGAAUUUAAAAAAGCACAAUGUACAGUCCACCGGUCCGAACAGGGGCUUGACUCACUUCAGGGGCUUCCAUCACAAAUCCCGCUCUAACAAUCACUUUCUUUCUUUUGUUGUGUUCAUAUUCUCAAGUGCUAUUUUUUUGACAAGUGUGGUAGCUUUGCAUCUCUAUAGAUAUUGUCUUGAUCCAAAAGAAAAUAGGAAAAAAAAAAAAACUUUUCCUGUGUUUUAUUUUUCUUGUCUGAUAAUCGGUAGGACUUUGUUCACGUUCCACCAAUCCAUUUAAUAGAUGUUUUAUCUUGUCUUGAUGAAAGCCAAAGUGGGUGCAUCUUGAUGUAAUCUGUAUUAUACAUACAGUAGGUUUUUUUCUGUUCAGUCAAUAUCAAUUUUUUGGAAAACUGGGUGGGAUUUGAGAAAAAAAGGCACACAGGCUUUCCAAUUUCUACAACUGGUUGUUCAUAUGUAUUUUGUACCAGUGAAGCUUUUUAUAUUGGAAAUUAAAGAAAAAAAAAUCUAUAUUGGAAAAAAAAUUGUCUGGCCUCUCAAUGUGGCCUCGCCUUGACCCGGUCUCGAGUUUGGCCUCUUGGUGGUGUCAAGCAAUUUUUUUGUUUUUGUUUUUUUGUCUCUAAAAAAGAUGCCUGAUUUUGAUUUUACUCGGAUUUCUUCGUGUUCCUCACUUCGUUAAUUUCAGUUUUCGGGGGGGUUGGGAUCCUCUAAGUCGUGGUAAGUUUCAUGUUAGUAUUUGUGCUGUCCACAUAGUUUAAUGGUCAUCAGGAUAUCGACAACUUGUGUGGUUAAUUGUCUUAGUUGAAGAGUUAAGUAUCCGUUUAGUUUGAGCCUUGCUUUUUACCUGUGUAGAGGUUUCUGUUUUUUCCCAUAGCGGAGUGUGUAGCCGAAAGACUCUGUGUUCUUUUUUGGUCAAUGUUUGUUCAUGUGUGGUGUGUUUCUUUGCCUCUGUCUCCAAAUUAAACCAUUUCCCCUAAUAUGGA